AUGGGAUUUGCGGACAAAGAGUCUCCGGUUUUGGGAGGGAGGGAGGAUGCGCAAGAUAGCAAGAGCCAUCUGAAGGAGGCGCACGAUAUCCAGUCUCAGAUUAAGAGUGCUAUGCUCUCAUGUGAGAGAGAGAGAGAAGCAACUCCAAAGUCUGUCCUGAGUCUCCUGACACUCAUGGGAUUGAAGGGAUUAACUUCGUACCAUUUGAAAAGCCAUUUGCAGAAGUAUAGGCUUCGACAGCAUGCUCGGAAACAGAACUCCAUCGAAGAACAAACCCGAAAGAAUAACGGGGAUUCAUAUGUACAUUUCAGUAAUCUUCAUUCCACAAGUUCUGGCAUCACAUCAUCAGGAGGUGCGAAAACCGAACAAGGAACCAUUCCAUUGUCGGAGGCUCUCAAGUGUCAGAUUGAAGUACAAAACAGAUUGCAAGAGCAGCUUGUGGUUCAAAAGAAGUUGCAGAUGAGAAUUGAAGCUCAAGAGAAGUACUUGCAAGCUAUAUUGGAGAAGGCCCAAAAGGGUCUCACCCUCGACGUAAAAGGGUCCCAUAAUAUAGAAGCAACAAGAGCACAAUUAACGGAUUUCAAUUUGGCUCUAUCGAAUUUUCUGGAGAAUAUGAGCGAACAAGAUCGAAGAGGAAACACAGCAGAGAUUAUGAAUGAUGCUUAUAAGAACAAUGGAUCAACUUUUCAGAUUUAUGAACAUGGAAUAAGAGAAGAAAAUAAAGAUACAAAGCUUAAGGUUGAGGGGGGUUCCAUACAUUUUGACUUCAAUAGCAAAGGAAGCUAUGAUUAUGUUGGUCCAAAUGGAGGUGAAUUCGAAACAAGAAGCUUUCGUUUACAAGAUACUACAACACUUUGA